AUGAAUGGAACUAGAGAUACAGGACCCGGUCAAUUUUGUCCUGCUGCAUACGGUCAAAAUAGACCAGGCGGUCAAUUUCGACUGAUAUCUGCUCCAUGGACGAGUAAACCCUGUGAAUUUCAACAUGCUCUGCCCCUGUUUACUAGUUUACUGAAUACUGUCUGUGGAUAUAUCCCCGGAGGAGUUCUACCAUACAAUCAUCUAAUCUGGUCGGACAGUAAGGAAAAGCUUGUAGAGCUGGCUUUACAGGUUUUGAUUGUUUGUCUGGACAUGGCUCCACGAAGUUCAGAAGAUACAAUCUAUUCAGACAACCUUUUUCUUAACUAUCUUUCUAGAUUACACAGAGAUGAGGAUUUUCAGUAUAUUCUGCAAGGUAUCACUAGACUACUAAUGAAUCCACUACAACAAACUUACCUACCCUAUGCACAUAGAAAGGUAUAUUUCCACCAGGAGCUGUUGAUAUUCUUUUGGAAAUUUUGUGAGAACAACAAGAAGUUCCUCUUCUACGUUCUCAAGAGCUCUGACGUAUUAGAGAUCCUGGUUCCUAUUUUACACUAUCUAAACGAUGCCAGAGCUGAUCAAUCCAGAGUAGGACUUAUGCAUAUAGGUGUAUUCAUCCUGCUGUUGCUGAGUGGAGAGAGGAAUUUCGGUGUUCGUCUGAAUAAACCUUACACUGCCUCAGUUCCAAUGGAUAUCCCUGUAUUCUCAGGUUCUCAUGCUGAUCUUCUUAUCAUAGUUUUCCACAAGAUUAUAACCUCAGGGCAUCAACGUCUUCAACCUUUGUUUGAUUGUUUACUGACUGUUCUGUGUAAUGUAUCCCCGUAUAUUAAAACUCUAUCAAUGGUGGCUGCUUGUAAGAUAAUGCAUCUAGUGGAGGCGUUCUCUACUCCAUGGUUUCUUCUCUCUACCCCGACCAAUCACACCUUGAUCUACUUCUUGCUGGAGAUGCUGAACAACCUAAUCCAGUAUCAGUUCGACGGGAACAGUAACCUCGUCUACACCAUUAUCAGGAAGCGCGCAGUGUUCCACAACCUGGCUCAUCUUCCUUCAGAUGGUGGGGCCAUAUCCAAGGCUAUGAAAAGGAAAGUGAAGAAACCAAUUCAAAGAAAAAGUUCCCAAAAUGAUGAAUCAAUGGAAGGAUCAAUUCCAGCUCUACCGGCAGAACCUGGAACAUUAAAGGCAAGUUUGAUAAAAUUUCCUGGAGUUGAAAGUUUUACUGAAGCAGCGAGUGCACAUCCUAGUCAGAAACAGCUAGAGUUCCUCACACAGACUGUUGAAGCUCUGAGUGUCCGGAAAGUAUCCGACCCUGUAAUGUAUCCAGCUCAACCUCUUUGUCCAACUAGUUCACACCUUGUGGAGGAUGGAGGGGUUCAUACAGUACAAGCUCUAGGUGGAUCAGGAGGUUCAAGCCUAAUGGAUACUAAAGUUGUGGAGAAUUUGAUGGAUGAGGAUCUAGGGCAAAGAAUUGAAUCUACUGCUUCUGUGCAACCAAAACGAAAAAAUUCAGAUAAGAAGAGAAGUGGAUCUACAACUAGCCAGCCUGAAGACUGGGCUCCUACUCAAGAAUGGAUUAAUGAAUGGAGGAAAAAACUUCCAUUGCAUACUGUUAUGCGAUUGCUACAGGUUCUGGUACCACAAGUAGAGAAGAUGUGUAUGGAUAAGGGUUUAACGGAUGAAAGUGAGAUCUUGAGAUUUCUCCAACAUGGAACUCUAGUAGGACUUCUCCCUGUACCUCAUCCUAUCCUUAUACGGAGAUAUCAAGCAAACCCAGGAACUGCUAUGUGGUUUAGAACAUAUAUGUGGGGAGUUAUCUACUUGAGAAAUAUAGAUCCAGCAGUUUGGUUUGAUACACACAUUAAACUAUUUCAAGUUCAAAGAAUAUAGUUAUUUUCCAGUUAUUUAUCAAGAUAAUGUUUCUUACAGUACUUUGUAAUUUGUUAGAUGUAUUUAAUCAAAAUAAAAAAAAUAUUAAUGAAGGUCA